UCCCCCCACCACACAUUGACACUGGACCGUGGAUCCAAUCCCCUUCCACCCGCCGCACCAGCUCGAAAAUUUCCCCAUCGGAAACCCUCGCCGCCUCCACCCACCAUGCCGCCGCCGGUGCUGCCGGACGAGCUCCUCGAGGAGGUCUUCUUCCGCCUCCCGCCGGACGAGCCCGAGCAUCUCCUGUGCGCCUCCCUCGUCAGCAAGGUCUGGCUCGGCCUCCUCUCUGCCCCUCGCUUCCGUGCUCGCUACCGCGACUUCCAUGGAGCUCCCCCAAUGCUAGGUUUCCUGUGUUCCCUUCGAUCGAACUCCGUCCAUGAGGCGGAAGACAACAUCCCACACUUCCUUCCCACCACGAAAUUCCGCGCGCGCAUACCCGACGACGACUGGGGGUGCUGGGGCUACACUGCGUGGGACUGCCGCCAUGGCCGCGUUCUCCUCGGCGACCAGUCUUACCAACCCGUCCCGCUCGUCGUUUGGGACCCCAUGACGGGCUGCCGGAGGGAGCUGGACUCGCCCGACCAGUUGCGCAGAAGCUAUGGGGCAGCGGUGUUCUGCGCCGUGGCCGGCUGUGACCACCGUGCGUGCCAUGCAGGCCCCUUCCAGGUGCUCUACAUCGGUGUGGACACGAUUGAAGAUGGUGAAUAUGUUGCGCGCGCGUGCUUGUCCUUGCCGGUGACCGGUGAUUGGAGCAAGCCAUGCUCUGGUUCUCGUUUUAAUAAGUGGAACGAGCCGUGCUCAGCUCUUCAUCUUGGACCCAUUGCAUUUUGGGACGAACUGUCCCCUGUCUUCGUCCAAGACGCACUGCACUUCAAGCUCGUGUAUUACCUAGAUAAUCACAUAGCAAUUCUUAAGUAUGACUUGGGAUCUAACUGCUUAUCAUUGAUUGAUGCGCCGUUGGCGGGGUCUAUCCUUCUCAAUGCCUCUAUCCUCGUGGCGAUGGAGGAUGGCAGAUUGGGGUUUGCGAAUGUGGACAUGUUGACCAUCCACUUGUGGUCAAGACAAAGGGGUUCCGAUGGAAUUGCGUCAUGGACUCAGCGUACAGUCAUCAAUAUUAAUAACCUUCUCCCCAUUCAUAAUCCCAAUAAGAUUCUUAGACUGAUUGGGUCUGUGGAGGGCAGAGAUAUCAUUUUCGUGGCCAUGGGCCUUGACAUCUACGGGAUUAAUCUCAAGACAUUACGGUGGAAGAAGCUACAGAAGAGAAAAAAGCUUUGUGGUUUGAUUCUGUACAUGAGUUUCUACAAUCCACAAGAAAGAGUGAUCCCCGGUGAUGCGGCGCAUUGACAAUGUAUGGUUGAGUAUGCUUAGGGUAGCAGGGCCACUCUCAUAAACAAGAAAUCGGAGGCUGCAAGGGUCAUCACUAUUUAGUACUCCCUCCGUUCCUAAAUAUAAGUCUUUGUAGAGAUUCCACUAUGAAUCACCUACGGAUGUAUAUAGAUGCAUUUUAGAGUGAGAUUCAUUCAUUUUGCUCAGUAUGUGGUGUAUAGUGAAAACCUCUUCAAAGACUUAUAUUUAGGAACGGAGGGAGUAUGUAGUUGGUUUUGCCAGUGGUGCUUGUUUUUCAUGCUGUUGUUGGCUUUUGCCACAAAGCUUAUAAUUUCCCCGCCAGUAGCUAUGUGUAAGUGGAUGAAUGGGUUAUCUUGUAAUGAACCUCCAAUUUCUUGCAGCAUCAGUUAUGUGCUCUUUUGUCAGUA